AUGGAGUCGCCGCCGCCGCACAAGCGCAACGUCCGCCGAGAUGACGACAGGAUCAGCGCGCUACCCGACGACCUCCUCCUCGGAAUCCUCGAGCGCCUUGAACUGCGCGAGGCGGUCCGCGCCGGCGCAGUCUCGACGCGGUGGCGGCACCUGCCCCACCGGCUCUCGCGCCUGCACCUCAACGGCCGCCAUUUCCGCUGCACCACGCUGCUCGAGUUCAUGGACGCCUUCACAGGCGCGACACGGAGGUUGCUGACCGACCGCGACUGCCACUGCAACGGCAGUCAUGCUAUCAAGUCCAUCAGCCUCCGCUUCUUCCUGUCGGCGCCCCACCUGAGCCCCAUCGGCCGCGCCGUUGAGCACGUCGUCAGCCGCGGCGAGACCAAACGCCUCCAUUUUGGCACAUGCUCGCCAUACAAGAGAAACACUGCCCUGCAGCUCGCCGAGUUUGGGCAGCAGUUCAUGUCCUUCUCCCGCGACUACCCACUCGCUUUCCAGUGGCUCACCAGGCUUACACUCAAGAACCUUGCGUUUGGGCAUUCCGAUGUCACCGACCUCAUUAAUGCCUGUGACAGGCUCACGCACCUCACUCUGAGUUUUUGCCAACUGGUUGAUGAGCACACACCGCUCAAGAUCGACACACCGUGUUCUGGGAUCAAGGAUCUCGAAUUCAUCCAAUUUGGGUGCACGCAGAUCGAGCUCAUCUCUGUCCCAAAGCUCAGUAAAGUGCAGUGCACAUCUUGGCGCUUGGCGAACCCUCCUGUGCGCUUUGUUUAUGUUCCAGAGCUUCGCGAUGUGAGCCUCAGUACCAGUGCCAUGGCGUGGCAGGCGCCAUUCCUGCUGAGCGACUGCUUGUCAAGGAGUGCAAUGAACUUGUCAAAACUGCAUCUCAAUUUUCGCCAUCAAAUGAUAUGGAUUCAGCCGGAACAUCCGAAGCAGCUUACUGCUAUAUUCAGAAAUCUCUCCGAUUUGUCCCUUUCUGAAAUCUUCCCUGAGUGCGAUUUGAGCUGGACCCUAUUUAUCCUUGAAGCUGCACCUGCCCUGCAGAAGUUUACAUUAUCUCGAACUCGUCAUGCAUGUGACAUAGCGUUCGAGGACAAUGCCGAGAAGACCAACGUGGUGUGGGAGCCAUCAAAGGAUUUCAAGCACAUGAACUUGAAGUCACUGACGAUAGAUGGGUUCGAGGAGGAGGACAAGGUGACAAACUACAUAAGGCUAGUCAUGGGGCGAGCUGUUGGAUUGAAGAGAAUCGAGUUGCGUGGUGAAGGAUGCAAGAAAUGUGAUGCCAUUGAUCCGAGGACAUCCCAGGUGGAUGAAACUCGCAGGCAUCGGAUCAAGGAGCUACUCACAAAUGGAUCAUCCUCAUCCGUGGAGAGAAUAAUGCGCUGA